AUGACUCAAGAACUGCAAACCCUCGCCGUGAUCGACCCCGAGAUCGACGCCCUGGUCCAAACAGGCCGGUUCAACUGGACCGUCGACCUGUCCCAGCCGGACAAAGCCAUCCAGCACCUCCGAGCCUUUCUCAAGCAGCAGCCUGUGCCUGCGCCCGACCGCGCCGUCAAGGAGUGGACGACCAGCUACGAGACGCAAGACGGCACAGAGUUGAGCCUGUAUGUGUUCGCGCCGGCGUCGUCUGCUCCGCCGCCGCUACCCUUCCUCCCGUUACUCGUCUGGUACCACGGCGGCGGCGGCUGUAUCGGGUCUCCCGAGCUGACGGCCCCCUUCUGUCGGGACAUUGUUCGCACGCACGCCUGCGUGGUCGUCGCUCCCGAGUACCGUCUCGGUCCGGAACACAAGUAUCCCACGGGGGUGUACGAUAGCUGGGCGGCUUUACAGCAUGUCGCAGCCCGUGCGGCGGAGUACGGGGCCGAUCCUGCUUCGUCCUUCCUGGUCGGUGGGGAGAGCAACGGCGGCGUCAACGCUGCUGUCCUGACCCUCUUGGCUCGAGAUAACAACCUCUCCCCGCCGCUGACGGGCGUGUUCCUGAGUGCCGCCUCGUUCAUCCCGCCGGAUGACGUGCCGGAUCGGUAUCGCCAGGCCUACCUCUCCCGGAUGGAUCCGGCCUGUCUGGACGCACCGGGGCUGAACAGGGACGUCAAGCAGUUGUUCGAUAUCUGUUAUGCGGGAGACUAUUCGUCGCCGCUGUUCCGGACGAUUCUGUGGCCGACGGGGUGGAAGGGGCAUCCGCGCACCUAUUUCCAGAGCUGUGGGUUAGACAUCAAUCGAGACGAUAGCUUCAUCUACCGGGAUGUCUUGCGGGAGAAUGGUACUGAGACGAAACUGGAUGUCUAUCCUGGCUGCACCCAUUGUUUCUGGGGGAUGUUCGGCAUGAUCUCCCAGGCGAGGAAGUGGAAGGUAGACACACAGCGGGGGAUUGCUUGGCUAUUGAGGAGAGAGGCGCAUUAG